AUGGCAGCACGGCCUGGCCUGCAUGCACAAUUUGGCUGGACAGGCGGCGGUUUGUCGUCUGUUUCCAAUUCUUGCCCGUUGUGUACGUACCUCAAAACCUUGAUUGGCAAGGCAAGGUACGGUGCCGAGUGGGGGAUUCCAAUCAUGACAGCAGCAAGCCCGGGGGGGGGAGGCACAAAGGUCAGAGUCCGGAGGAGGAAGCCUCCCUUUGUCAGGGUUGCUGGGAAUUUUCGAUUCCACAUCCCUCAUCUUUCUUGCUCGGUCCUCCGCUCUCCCCUCCUCCUAUCUGCUCGCGAGGUCAUCUCCUGUGUGUACGUGGCAUUGCCCAUCAAGGGGUCUUCCCUGGCGGGAACCGCUGGUUGCGAGGCGCGCCUGUGGGUGGGUGUGGGCAAGGAUGUGAUGGCUGCAUGGCCUUCGAUCUUUAAUAGCUCCGGGGACUUCUUCAGGGCCCCCUGCCACCGCCUGACUGUGACCAUCAUCGCUGGGCAGUCACACACCGGACACACCAGUCCAAACCGAAUGGGACCUUGUUUUGUGGCCGAACCUCCUCCUGUCGACGUUGGCUAG